AUGAAGUUCCUUUCCCAGUCCAAGGCUACCUCUGCCUCUCGCUCCCCCAACGCGUCUAGCCGCGGUGCGAAGUACGACACUGAAAGCAUCAUGACCUUCGACUCGAGCUCUACCGCAGCGCCCAAGAAGAAGACCAAGUCUCCAUAUGAUUCCAAGUCCAACAUGUACGCCAAAUAUCUCCAGAAUUCGAUGAAGCAGUGGUCUUGA